AGAUUUGUGUGCCUUAGUAAUCAGUCAGAAUGUUAUCAUGUAUUCAGUAAUGUUAAACUUUCUCAAUGUUCAGAUGCCGCCACGUAGGGAACCCGAUCACCAGGCUCCUACUCAGGCUAUGGUAGUCGCUCAGUUCCGCGACUAUCAUGCUAAAAAGUUCUCAGGGCAGGGAGAUCCCCGCAUCGUUGAUGAAUGGAUUCAGGGGUUGGAAUUUAUCUUUGAGGUCAUGGACUGCCCCGAUAGAUAUCGUGUAAUCUGCGCUCAGCUUCAGCUCACUAGGCUCUGGUGGAACGCCUACUGGAGCAUGCGUCCCGGUGAAAAAGCGGGUUGUACAUGGGACAUGUUCAAGGAUCUAGUCCGCAAAAAGUACUACCCAUCCUACUAUCAGGCAGAGAUGGAGCGUCAGUUCUUAGCGCUCCAGCAAGGCACUCGUAUGGUUGAUGAGUACGAGCGAGAGUUCACUAGACUUGCAGUUUUCGUACCGGACCUGGUUCGCACGGAGGCUCAGAGAGCGCAGCGGUUCAUCGACGGGCUUUUCCCAGCAGUCCGUCACAACAUCGUGGGACACGGGACUCAGACCUACGCUCGUGCAGUCUCUAUCGCCCAGGAGGUGGACGCUAGCAUCAGGAGGAAGGCAGUUCGUGAUCGUGCCCAGCCAUCCGCCCCAGUUCAGCCAUUCACAGCUCCACCAGCUCUACCAGCGGCUCAGUCAGCAAAGGAAAAGAAGAGGAAGGGGAAGG